CUAUCGAUUGUACUUGAACAAAAUUAAGGGCCACCAGUGGAAGAAAGAGGUGAAAGAUAUGGCAAGGGCAAGCAUAGAGAAAAUGAAGCUGCUUCUGGCACUGCUGGCUCUGCAGUUCUGCUUUGCAGGGUUUCACAUUGUCUCCAGGCUUGCUCUCAACAUUGGUGUCAGCAAAGUUGUUUACCCAGUUUAUAGGAACAUCAUUGCAUUGGUUUUGUUGAGCCCCUUUGCCUAUUUCUUGGAGAAGGAAGAAAGGCCACCUCUUACUUUCUCCCUUCUGGUCCAGUUUUUCCUCCUAGCCUUAGUGGGAAUUACUGCAAACCAAGGAUUCUACAUUUUGGGAUUGUACUUUUCAAAUCCCACCUUUGCAUCAGCAAUGCAAAACUCAGUUCCUGCAAUUACUUUCCUAAUGGCUUCUGCCCUGAAGCUGGAGCAAGUUAGUAUAGCAAGCAAAGAGGGGUUGGCAAAAAUCUUGGGUACCAUUGCAAGUGUGGGAGGUGCCACUAUUAUCACUUUGUACAAAGGUCCCCCUCUUCUGCACCAGGUAGAGCAGCCGCAAGGAAAUUCGUCAUCAUCUCCGGUGGGAGUUCAAAGCUGGACAUGGGGCUGUAUAUACUUGAUUGGGCACUGCCUAUCAUGGGCUGGUUGGAUAGUCUUUCAGGCUCCAUUGGUGAAGAAGUACCCAGCUAAACUGUCACUGACCUCAUUUACAGUCUUCUUUGGAUUGAUCCAGUUCUUAGUCAUAGCCUCUUUUGUAGAAACUGAUCUUGAGCUUUGGAAAAUCAAGUCAGGAGAAGAGAUCUUUGCAAUUUUAUAUGCUGGAAUUAUCGCCUCUGGGAUUGUCCUUUCCCUUCAAACUUGGUGCAUUUACAAAGGGGGCCCUCUCUUUGUUGCCGUCUUCCAGCCAGUUCAAACAGUUUUAGUUGCUGUCAUGGCAUUUGUGGUGCUUGGUGAUCAGUUAUAUUCUGGAGGGAUUAUUGGUGCAGUUUUCAUUGUACUUGGCCUCUACUUGGUUCUGUGGGGAAAAACCAUGGAAGAAAGAGUGGGAAGCCAAGGCAAAGAAGAGACGCUGAGGAAGCAUCUUCUUGAAAUUGACAGUAAAGAUGAAGAAUCUGUUGUCCAAUCUGACAUUCCCCGAUAAACACCCUUUGCUAACAGAUCAACAGAGUCCAAACUUAGAAGAAAAAGAACCAUCUUUGGAGAAGAUGGGUCCCUACAAAGCUGAGAUUCAGUCCCAGCAUAUAUCAUCAACAUGUAAACCUAAGUUCAUCCUUCUGGCUUUUCUUUCUUUCAAAUGUCAAACUAAUCAAAGCUGGUUUAGGCCUAACAAUGCAUUGAAGAGAAAGCCCAUUUCAGUUAAGUUUGGAUGAUGGGAUAGAUGUUAAUUGGUCUUUGGGCCUGAAAGUGAGGCUUCAUGAAUAUUGUACGCUGUCUACUUGUUUGAAAUUAAUUACAAGAUAUUUAUUUGUUUUUA